AAUCCAGUGACGGUUAUAAUCUCAUCCGAGCCAUAUUCACUCAUGCUGGUGGAGAGGUCAGUGGGGGCCAGAUUGAAAUGUUGCCUCGCCAGAUUUAGUUUUGUUUUAAUCUUUGGACAGAUUAUCCAACCGAACCAAUUGUGAGCAAAGUCAUUGAAAACUUUAGAUAGAUAUAUACUCAAGAGCAUUUAUUCUAUCUAGAGUAAUAACCAUGCGGUAAAUACGGCACGAUCACGAUUGAUUGGCAGUUCAUGCGUCCUUGGACCCAGCCCAGUGCUCUCUACAUCUGGCUUUCCUUCAUAACUGGCCUCAGAUCAGCAAUUCAAGUGCUUACUGUGCAAGAAAAAUAAUCAAGUAUGGACCAUACAGUGAUACUGUCAUAAUGUCAAGGGCACCAAGAUGUCCAGCUCAUUGAACAAAAAAGAGAGGCGCAAGUCCUAUCCACGUUCACAAUCAACAAAGGAAAUUCCUUGGCAGCCGGAAUAUGUGCCUGGAGAUUUCCGAACUUCCUCUGCCCAGCUUUUAAGAAUUCUUCCAUCUCCUUUCCUCCCCAAUUGAAGGGUAGAAUUACACCCCUCCCGCCGGUGGGCGGAGCCACCGGGCAGCUCCUCCAAUAGAAACUUUUCCCAGCUGUCUCACAACAGCUGGAGCAAAAGAGAGAGAGGGAGAAAUGUGGCUUUGAAACGCUCAGAAGUGAAAGCAAAGCAGAAUCUAGACCAUGAUGGGAUUUGACCAGCUGCGUGUAACCAGCGUUUAAAAUCUUAAAAUGGGUUUUGAAAGGGUACACAUGGCUGCUUUGGAAGUCAGAAAGACGAAAUAGGAACGAGCCAUCAUAAUGCUCCAUUGACUCUCUAAUUCUGCCAUGGAGGACGCAGUCACAUCUGAGGAUGCCGAACCUCUCUUUAAUGCCUCCCGAAACACUGACGUCCACCCCAGGGAGGGACCAGAACCCAAACAGGUAGAUGAUUGCCAUCCCUCUAGCACCAGCCCAGAGCUUGGCUCCUCGUCCGCCCCAUCGUCUCCUCUUAAUCAGCAAACCCAAGACUCUGCGGUAUCGGCUCUCCAGUCCAAGGUCAAGUCUCUUUCUGAGCGCAAAGUUGUUUAUACAAACCAAGACAAGAGGGUUGUGCCGGGAACAUUCAUGUUGGGAUAUGCUCUCACUGACGCUUGGGGCUCUAGUAGCAGCGAUGAUGAGAUGGAACCCCAAAAACCUCGGACAUGUGGCUCCUCUGGGGCCAUGCUGGCAUCUCCAAGUGGACUCGGAGAAGGGGCGAGUCGGGAAAACCUCUCUGGAACUCAAGAGGACCAGGUUUCACCAUGUGAUAGGCCGUGGAUGCCUCCUAAGUGCUUUUGGAGGUCUAGUGUGCCAGAGACACCAACUGGAAAUGGCCCCUCCAAAAUGGCCCCCAAGUUUCCGAGGGAACUGCAAAGAUCUGACAGCUUGGAAAGCCACCUUCGCAGAUACAAUCACGGCGAGGUGCUGCAGACCGGACUCUGGCGGGCCGACAGUUUGGAGAGCGUGUGUAGCGGCGGGAGCUCGCCGACGCUGGCUGAAAGGGUCGAGAUGAACCGUGGCCUUCUCAGACAGAUGCUGCAGAAAGCCCAGAUCAAAAACAAUGAAGGUGACCAGUCGACAAACCCAGAACAGCGAUUAGAGGACCCGACCCGUGCUGGCGGGAGAGGUGUUUGUGGCGUGAAUGAUAGUGAUUUGGAUUCUGGGAUAUCUCUUCAAGGUAGCGAGACCAGUCAAAGGGCCUUUGUGUUGGCUGACGACCUUCCGCUGAGCCCUCGGCACGAGCAGGCCAAGCGACUGCUAGAAAGAGCGCGUAUGAAGGCCCGGUCCAAUCCUCUCAAAGCCGACCACACCAUCCUGCCCGUCCAGAGGGACAACCUGGAGCUGCUGUCCUGGGUUGGCAUACACCAGGCGGGGAAGGACGGCGUGGCCUCGGGCAACCUCAGCGACUCCUCCAGCAGCGACUCUGCGGGCGGAAACAGGCGAAGACACGGCCACUCCCCCACACGCGUUCGCUUCGAAGACGAAUCGGAGAAGGACGCAGAAGUGCGCUACCUGGAACGACUGCGCCAGCGACGCAGGGCCGGAGAAAGAGCCCAGGGGUUGCUGGUGUCCAAACCCAACUUAUCUUCUUACAUCGGUGGACAAGCGGAGACCGGAUAUGACUCGGGUUCUAUAUUCGGGAAGGCCAAAACCAGGAAAAGUUUGGUGAACGGUCAUCACCAAAGUCCCAACAGGCAAUGCAACUCCUGCGGGACGUUUCUGCACGAGUUCCCCGGAGCUAGCUUGAACUCGAACACUCUGUCGUUACCACCGACAAACGGUGAAGCUGAAGGGAAGAAGAUACCGUGUUGGGUGGCUCCCACCCUCCCCAAUCGUCUGGUUCGAAUUGAACAGAUUAAGGAGACGUACAUCGGAACGCCGAGUCCCGUCAUCGUACAGAUCGACGAAACGCACUGCAGUCCUGUGGAUAACGCAAACGUAAGAGGAACGUUGCAGAAGCUGAAAAAGAAGGUCAGGAAACUAGAAAGCAAGCAAGAACCUCCGGACCACGAAAAACUUUCAAUCAAUGGAACUCAAAUGUGUUUGCCGAACGGAGUCAUAACAUUACCGCAAAAUCCCUACGCCACAACAGACAGAUGCAGCCCCACAUCCAUCAGCAAAGGCUCGGUGGCUCCUCCGUUGCCUCCAAAAGGAGAAACACCCUUCAGUCAUCCCCAGCCGAUCCCUCCACCUCUCCAACCUAAAAAAUCCGCUCUGAAAUCAAGCUCCAAGAGUCAUUCCGGCGGACAGCGGACAGUCACUCUCGCGUCUUCGCCGGAGUACCGUGUCGUACACCUGGACUCCUCAGAAGUAGGGGGCGCUGUGGAGAGCUGUCGGCAGGAGCACCCCUCCACUGGGUUGGGUUAUUGGGAGGACAGGUCUGUAAUGGUAAACCCUGGACCUUUGUGCAGAACGAGCCCAGUUAUGUGUGCCGGAAACGUACCCGUACAAGGGGAGGAAUGGUCACAGACUAAAGAUGUGGAGACUCAUGGAGCGCUGGGAUCUGAUGCAACAUCCAGCAGUGCUGAAUCAACCCAAACUCGUCUGAAUGAUGGACAUGUCAGAGGACCAAUCAAAUCAGUGCAUCAGAGAGCCACCAGCCCAAACCUUUUACAUGUGGGGACGGACGCAGAGCACCGGGAGGGUCGACCCAAACUAUCCCUGCGGCGCUUCUUCUCGGCCAUGGGACUGAACAGCGCCGGGUUGCUCGGAAAGGGACGUUCAAGCAGCAUGGAUCAACUCAGCCUGCACCCUAAACCUAGCCCGAACACAAACCCAAACUCGGGACCCGCAUCACCCUCAACGUCCCCCAGUCCCACACAUAGACACCAGCUGAAGAAAGCUCCUUCACUACAGACCAUCCGCCUGGGGUCUCCAUUUCUUCAACUGAGAAGAUCCUCGUCAGCUCAAAACCUCCAGAUCCCCAAGAAGAAAACGGAUAGAUCUUCAGCAUACAGUCCAGUGGAACAGCCCUGCAGCCCUUUACUCACCAGGAACCUCCAGCGUGCAUUGAGUGUCGAGGACGUGGGACGGCCCAGCGCAGUGCGAUCGGUGGGUCGUGUGGCUCAGGCCUUCCCGGACGGCACAAUCCUGCUUGAGCUCUCCAGACCUCCAAACGGUCCCUUUGGCUUUCUCAUCUCACGAGGAAAAGGCAGGUCGGACUCAGGGGUGUAUGUUGAAGGGAUGGGCGACAGCAACACUGAGAAGCUCUACGCGGGUUUGCUUGGGGUCGGGGACGAGAUUCUGGAGGUGAAUGGGGAGAAGGUGGCUGGACUGAGUUUGGACCUGGUGACCCGUUUGAUGACUCAAAACAGCACCGCGUCCAUCCGUGUGCUCCGGCACAGACGACUCCAGCGCUAAACGUGAGAGAGACUUUCCAAGAGCUCAUCGACGGUUGUUGAUGUCUCAGCAACAUCGAUAACCGUGGCAAUAACUGUCAAACAGUGUUCAGACAUGAGAUUGUGUGCAUAAAAGAGGCAGUGUUUUGUUUUACUGCACACACUGUUUCUGGUGAAGAAGGUUAAGGGAACUUUGUGUGCGCUAUUAAGGGGAUAGUUCACAGACAAAUUAAAAUUCUGUCAUCAUUUAAUUAAAACCCAUUCACAUAGCACUUUGGGCCAAGAAAAUUUCUGUGAAAUUGGCAGAGGCGCUUCUGUGUGAACACAAACGCUUCCCGUAAAUGUUUUGGGAUCGCUCCCGUAAAGAGGACUUUGUAACAUUGCCGUAGCAUACCCGGAAAGCAUUCUGUGUAAACAUGUCACAAAAAUAAUGCCGUGAUGAGGACGCACACGGGUCAUUCUCGCGAAAUUAGACUUGUGAGGUGUCAUGAAACAUUUUGAUAAUGCAAAGUAAGAGUAUCAAAAUAAGAAGCAUACAGUUACAAACAUCUCUUAUUUUGCACAUGAUUUCAAAUGACAUCAUACAAACCAAUUUUGUUGUUUUUCCAUAUUUAAGGGGAAAAUUUUCAUUACCGCAACGUGUCCAUGACUGGAUUUGGGUUAUUUGACAUGGAAAUAUUUAUGAUUAAAAAAUCUACAAAAUAAAAAGCUUCAGUGCAUGUUAUACUAUAAACAUUUACAGUAAAGAAACAUGUGCUAUUUGGUGAUCAUUGGUAAAUGUAGAGACAAUAAUAAGGAUUAUAAAUGUGUCCAAGACCAAUUUUCUCAUCCUCCACAACAAUUUUCAAUCAUUGUUUAAGCCCUCAAUGAACUAACAUUUAAAAAAAAUGUUGGAAGGGACAUAAUUGACUGUGAUACUCAAGAUGGCUACCAGGUAAGCAGUUCUUAUUUUUUCUCUCCAGAUAAAAGUUGAAAUUUUGUUUGUCAUAGUACCUAGACAAGUUUUAGUUCUCUUUACCGAAACAUGAGUUUGUAAAUGCAUAUAUUUAAUGUAAUAUCAUGUUGCGGUAAUGAUAAUUUUUUAUAAUGAUAAUCUAAAAAAUUUAAAUAAUUCUAUAGGAAAUAUUUUUAAAAUCCAGAUAAAAGUUGAAAUUUUGUUUGUCAUAGUACCUAGACAACUUUUUAGUUCUCAUUACCGAAACAUGAGUUUGUAAAUGCAUAUAUUUAAUGUAAUAUCAUGUUGCGGUAAUGAUCAUUUUUGAUAAUGAUAAUCUAAAAAAAAAUGUAAAUAAUUCUAUAGGAAAUAUUUUUUAAAUCCUCUAAAAAUAAUGGUUAUAGUAAGUUCAGACCUUAAUCUUAUAUGUGCAAAAAAAAAAUUGGCCUAAAGGGUUUUUUAAGAAUUCUGAUGCUGGACACCUUCUAAGUCUGGAUUUCGUGAGAAUCACGUGUACGUGUCAUCGCAACCAAAAAAGCUCUUUGAAACAGGGAUUUAAUCGCAGAUCAACAUUCACAUCCAGAAAUGUCAGCAAACUGGAUUGAAGCAGAGAUCAGGAAGCUCGUCACUAUCCGCGUUGAAGCUGAGAUCAUUCACCAGCAUGACAAACGAAAUCACAGAUAAUUAGCAAACUUUAGAUGCCGUGGAAAAAAUAAGUCACGUGUCUUUACGGAAUCUUAACGGUAUGUGUGUGAAUGCGUGCACAGAUUUCGGACAAUCAUUGGCAGUGUAAAUGAACCAAAAAUCAAACAAUCCCGGACAAAUCCCUGUAUUUUCUUUAAUCUCUGUGUGAAAAUCUGGGGCACCAUUGUCUAUAGGAAAAAAAUUAUACUAAAGAGUCAAUGGUGCCCCAAAUCUGUUUGGUUGUAUAAAGACAUUUAUACAGUUUUGAAACAACUUAAAGGAACAGUAUGUAGGAUUGUGGCCAAAACUGAUAUUGCAAUCACAAAACUUGUGGCUAAAACUGGUACUGCAAUCACACAACUGGUGGCCGAUACACAACAUGACAACAUAAACAUCAGUUGACGGCUGCAACUCCACUUUUUAAAUGACAAUAUCCUGGCCUGUCCACUGUUGUGAGUGAUAUAAGUAUAGCCCUUUUCACACAGACAUUCCGUAAAAUACAUGGGAAAGGCAUCCGGGAUUUUUCCGGGAUCCUUAGUUUUUUUGUUUAUUCACACUGCCAUGAUUACGCCGGCAUCUGAUGGUCCCGGAAAGACACGUGACCUAUUGAAAGUCCCGCCCUCUCUUCUACGCAGCGUCUGAAGUUUGCAUAUUAUAUAUUAUUUCUCUCUCCAAGAACCACUCGCGUGCAUUUUUGUUUAUGAUAAGAUUAUAAAGGAGCGCGUGACGCGCCGUUCUAAUGCUGGUGAAUGAUCUCAGCUUCAGAGUGGAUAUUUGACGAGCUCCCUGAUCUCUGCUUUAAUACAGUUUUCAGACAUUUCUCAUCGUGAUUGUUUAUAUGCAUUUAAAACCCGCAUUUUGAGGAGCUGAACGAUAUAUCUUGUUGGGAUGACGCGCGGGUAUUUUCCUUUAUUAUAGCUCAAUGAGCACGUGACGCGAUAUUCUUUUAUGCUGCUGAAUGAUCUCCGUUUCAACGCAGUAAGUAACGAGCUAACUUACCUGAUAUCUGCUUCAGUCCAGUUUGCUGACAUUUCUCGUCGUGAAUGUUGUAAAUCCCUUAUUUGCCAUGACACGCGCGUCCUCACUAUGGCACGUGCGUCAUUGUUUAUGCGUCUCAUUUAUCAUUUCCUGAUAACUGCGUCAAUAUAGUUUGCAACAUUUCUCAUGGUGAAUGUUUAUAUGCAUGUUAUCUCUCGUUUUAAGGAGCUGAACCAUAACUUUUGUUGUGAUGACGCGCACGUCCUCACUACGACACGCCCAUUACGGCAUUGUUUCGGCUUCUUGUUCACACAGAGGGUUAUCCGUGUAUCUGACUAGGUCCUCUUUCCGGCAACGAUCCCAAAAGAUUAACGGGACAAGUUUGUGUUCACACAGACGCUUGUCUGGCAAUUUUACGGGUAUUUUCUGGGACCAAAGGUCUGUGUGAAUGGGGUUUAUUUGAAAUGAAAAUGAUUUCUUAAUGUCUAGUGACAUAUCAGGGCCAUUUUAUGAUUAAUUGAUAUACAUUUCUUACAUACUGUUCCUUUAAGGAUUAGUAAAUGAUAACAAAAUUUUCAUUUUUUGGUGAACUACCUCUUUAAGCAGCGAUGGUGUGACAAUGUUUCUGUAAAGCACUGAGGGAAAAUGAAUGCGUUAUGCGAAUGGCAAAUUUACAGCAAACAUUUUCGAUACGGCAUCUAAUUUUUUACUGCGUUUGAAUUUUUUACAGCUGAAUAUUAUUCGGGUACAAUAAUAUGAAGGGCAAAUAUACCUACGGUAUACAAGCAUUAUUAAAAGAUUAUUAGGAGGUAAUGAAGGAUGGUCUGGAUUCAAUCUCAAGUGUGUUUGUGAAACAGAUCAAUGAAAGAUCAAUGUUUCAUAUCAUGUUUAAGAUUUUCCUUUACUGAAAGGCCAAAACGUAAGCAAAGCAAACCCUUUUCCAAGCUGCUAAAAAUGCAUUUUACUACUCAAUAAAAAAGCUAUUUUCUUUCAAAUGCACACCAGUGUAGAGGUACAGACGCUGCAGUUGCAUCGAUUAUAAACUCCAAAUGCUCUUCAGUAAAUGAAUACGAUACGUCUCCAUGAGCUGGUGCAAUAAAACGCCUCUGCUGUGCAAUCUGAUACCAUUAGUCUGCUGAUCAGUAUUACGGUACAUGCAACACAAAAUGUUACCGAUCUAGUGUAUUUUGUUACAUUUAUUUAUACAUUGAUGUUACUUUAAAAUAAAACAUCUGGCUUUUGUGGGA